AUGGAUCGGUGGCCACGGAGGGAUUGGAAGAAGAAGAAGAAGAAGAUAGGGAAGAGCGGAGCAGAGGAGAGGAGUCCCAGCGCGCGCGCAGCCAUGGCCACCGCAACCUCCUUAUCCCUCCACGGCCAUGGCCUCGGCCUCCCUUCCCCGACCGCCAAGACGCCGGCGCGGAGGCUGCUCCCCGUCACCGUCAGGGCCAUGGCGCCGGCCAGCCCCAGCAAAGGUGAAGCUGCUGCGGUGGAGUGCUCCCCUUCCCCGCGGCGGCAGGUGCUGGUGGCGGGGGCUGCCGUGGCCGCCGCGGCGCUCGUCUCCCGGCCCGCUCCGGCGGCAUUCGCGGCGGCGGACGGCAAGUUCAUGCCGGUCAUCGACCGGAAGGCCGGCUACUCCUUCGUCUACCCAUUCGGAUGGCAGGAGGUGUCUGUGCAAGGGCAGGACAAGGUGUACAAGGACGUGAUCGAGCCGCUGGAGAGCGUCAGCAUCAACAUGAUCCCCACCACCAAGGAAGACAUCCGCGACCUCGGCCCGCCCGACCAGGUUGCCGAGGCCUUGGUGCGGAAAGUUCUAUCACCACCCACGCAGAAAACCAAGUUGAUCGAGGCCAAAGAGACCGAUAUCGAUGGAAGAGCUUACUAUACUUUCGAGUUCACAGCUCAGGCUCCAAAUUUCACAAGACAUGCACUUGGCACGAUUACCAUAGCGAAUGGCAAGUUCUACACGUUGGCGACGGGCGCAAACGAGAGGAGAUGGGACAAGAUGAAGGAUAGGCUACAUACAAUCGUCGACUCAUUCAAAAUCGAAACAAAAGUAUGA